AUGUCGUCCCAACCUGUGCCUAUUGCGAUCAUAGGAGGCGGCAUCUUCGUGAAGGAGCAACACUUGCCCGCCGUCCUCGCCACCUCCCUCCUCCACCUCAAGAUCAUCUACUCCCGAAGCCUCGCCUCAGCCAAAGAGACGCACAAGCUCCUGCCCCUCGGCCACAGUCCGGUUGAGGUGUACUCAGAGGACUCUGAGCCCGGCAGGACCUUCGCAGAUGUUCUGGCGCGGAAAGACAUACUUGGCGUAAUUAUCGCACUCCCUAUCGCAAGCCAGCCUUCAUAUGUGGAGGCGGCGUUAAAGGCCGGCAAGCAUGUUCUGUCCGAGAAGCCGGUGGGGCCCGAUGUCGAAGGCGCAAAGAAGCUUGUGCAGGCGUACCGGGCCGUCGUAAAGGAGCAGGGCGUCUCGGCGCCGAUGUGGAGUAUCGCAGAGCAGUUUAGGUUCCUGCCCAAAUUCGUGUGGGCAGCGGAGCAGGCAAGAGGGCUGGGCAAAGUGAUCGGCUUCCACUUUAAGGUGUUUCAGCUCUGUAAAGAGGAUAACAAGUACUUCCAGACCGCUUGGAGGAAGAACCCCACACAUAGCUACGGCUUCCUGCUUGACGGUGGCGUGCACAGCACUGCCGCCAUUCGCAUGUUCUUGGGUGACGAAAAGCCUGCGAGCGUGGUUGGCUACAGUUUUCUUGCGCAGAAACACCUUGCACCGGUCGAUACGUUGGGAGCAAUCAUCAAGACCAAAUCAGGCGCUGUUGGCUCCUUCAGCUGCAGCUGGGGAACGACGAUACCCCGGCAAGCCGAGUACCAGGUGGCCUGUGAGAAUGGCAGCGUAACAAUCGACGGCGACAAGGGCUGGGUAGUAUACAAGGAUGGACGGAAGGAGGAGAAGGACUUUCCGUUCACGGUUGGGGCUGGCGUCAGGGAGGAGGUGCAUGCCUGGGGGCUUGCUAUGGCCGGAGGCAAGGAGGACCCGCUGCUCACGCCAGAGGUCACCCUAGGCGACUUAGAGUUGCUGGAGCAGAUGUUGAAGAGCGCCGACGAGGACGGCGCGGCGAAGACGUUGCAGCUUCAGUAAGCCCGCCUCAUGAGCUACAUUCCGUCGAUAUGUGGACUCCAUAUCGUGAAGUGCCCAGUACUUUCCGAGCGACUCGAUGUCUUGAGCUUUUAAAUUCGAAACCUGAAGGGAAAGUCUAUAGCUUGCUCGGACCCGCCUCUGUAGAAAUGCGCUCCAGACCCUUCCUCAUUGUCUCGUU